GCUGUGGCCAGGAGGAAACAAGGCCUGAGCACUAUGUGCGCGACUGUGUAAGAAACGCAAGAAAGAAAGAGAGACAAGAAAGAGCGCGUGUGGGAGGAGAGGGAGGAGAUAGGGUGGGAGACAGUGAGAGACCAACCACCCCUGCACAAGAAACAAUGCUCCCCACCCCCUCGACCUCGCACGUCUCGUACGACGUCGUCUACGAGCCGGCCGAGGACUCGUAUCUGUUUCUCGACACGCUCUCGUCGGCAUCGGAAACGGCGUGGCUGCAUGCGCGUUUCUCUUCGUCACCAGUGUCGGUGUUGUCAUCGUCGUCAGAAGAUACGGAGCGGCAGCGGCAGCAAACGACCAGGAUCGGAAGCGAGAGCCAGAGCCAGAGCCAGAGCCAGAGCAGGCCCAAGACCCAGGCAGCUCCUCUCGUGGUCGAAAUCGGGCCUGGGUCCGGCGUCGUGAUCGCCUUCCUGACCGCGCACGCGCCCACCAUCUUCGGCCGCGACGUGCUCAGCCUGAGCGUCGACGUCAACCCCUACGCGUGCCGCGCCGCGAGGACGACGGUGGAGAAGGCCCUCGCGGAGACCCGAGCGGCAGCGGCAGCAACGCAGAAACGGAAAGCAGAGACGGAGGAGGGGGAGAGGAGGGAGGUUGGACAUGGGCAAGGGCAAGGACAUGCUGCGACGCGCGCUCGGGAUGGAGGCAGCGCAUACCUCUCCUCCCUGAACGGCGACCUGGCCAGCCCGCUGCGGUCGGGAGAAGUCGACGUGCUGGUCUUCAAUCCGCCCUACGUCCCUACGGAUUCGGUCCCCGUUGCCCCAGCCGCCAAUAUCAACGCCCCUACUACUACCGCCGCUCCCGGUCCUCUAACGCCUGUCCCACCUCCUCCUGCAUCCUCCAACACCACCGUCCUCCCAAGCUUCGAGGAGCAAUCCGCCCUCCUCGCCCUCUCCUACGCCGGCGGCCGCGACGGCAUGGAAGUCACCACCCGCCUGCUGCGCCAGAUCCCCGACAUCCUGAGCCCCCGCGGCGUCGCGUACGUGCUGUUCUGCCGCGGCAAUCGGCCCGACGAGGUCAAGAGCGCGAUCCGCGCGUGGCCACGCCCGCCGGGUCAGGAGUGGGAGUGGCGCGCCGAGACCGUGGGCUCGAGCGGGAAGACGGCCGGGUGGGAGAAGUUGGAGAUUGUGCGGAUAUGGAGGGAAUGA